AUGGAAACCAACGACACUAAUACAGAUUCGCUUUUACAAUAUUUUGACUCUGUGGAAUACCUAACACUCGAACAUUUUGUAACAACUGAAGUACCCAAGCAUAUUUACCCAAAAGACUUUGAUAUUAAUCCUACAUCCGUUGAGGUUUUUGAUUCACAGACACCAACUUCUGAAUCACAAAAACUAUCUACAACAUCAAGUACAAGCAGCAGCAACAAUUCAGGACGUCAUUUGUUAUCAGUAAUCGAAGCCGAUAACGUUGAUUCAGUUUAUGAAGGUUUAAUCGAUAAAAAAAUGUGGACGUUAUCAUGUACUGGUAGAAGAGUUGAAAAAGUGAUGCAACAAUGUGCAAAUGAGAACAAGUUGGAACACAUUUUUAGAGGUGCACACUCCAUGAUAAUGGACCCUUUGGAUCCAAUUUGGUCCACUUAUUUCACUGAAGAAGAAAGAGAAGAAAUCAUUAAUCUCAACCCACCAAAAUUGCCACCCUUGUCAUCAAAGAUGGAAAAAUAUUUGCAACAGUUUGAUAAUUUGAAUAAUGGUUACUAG